AGAUAAAGGAAAGUAUAAAAAUGAAAUUUAAAUAAUUUUUAAUUAUUUUAUGUGUUACCUGCAAAAAUAUAAAAGUUAUUAAAAAACAUUAUAAAGUAAUUAAUUUCUAUAGACGAAAUGCAUAGAAGAAACUGAUGAAAGGAAUAAAAAUAUUAUAUUAAAUAAAAAGUUCAAAGAAACUAAUUACAAUUAUAACGUCUAUGGUAAGCGGUCUUUGCCUGAAUUUUACUUGCAAUGGAAUGUAUAGCAUAUAAAAUAUGAUAAACAUUACAUUGAAAGUAAAAUACCAUUGCCCAGGUCUAACCACGAGGAGGUAACCGCUUCUGAAGACCCACGACGGAUGUGCAUUUUAAAGAAUAACGCAAAUGAAUAAAAUUUGAAUGAAAAAAAAAAAAUUAUUAAAACGAGAACCCUUUUUUAGGUAUUCGAGAAAAAGGUUUCAUUUCAAUAUCUUAAUUUACUAAGGAAUAAAUUUGACAAGAAUUUAAUCGAUCUGAAAUAGAUAAUAAAAACAAAAAAUUCCGAAGCAAUCGAAUAUCGCUAAUCGAUAUCAUGAAAUAAUCUCAAUUAAUCUUUUAUAUAUGUAACCUUUUUUUCGAUCUAAUCAUAUCUCUAAAUUAAACUAUUAAUCACUAAUCAAUCUGAUUUAUAUUGAACUUUUAAAUUUAAAUUUGACCAUUUUUUUUAUAAUACUCAUGUUCACGAAUAUGGAACAAAAUUCUCAUUGUAACAAUCUAGAUCGUUUCCAUUCAGGAUUAAGACACGAUACUAUUAUUCGUGGACAAUCUGCUGCUACUGCUGCUACUACAAUAAAUAAAAUAAAUUCUCAACAAUCAACUAAAAGAUUGGCUUCAGUCAGUGAGCCUGGUGCAACCAACAAACGGAACGAACCGAAGAAAUCAGCGAUAUCUCCAAAAAAUGACUUUUUAUUGCAAGGAUUUUAUAAGUCCAAACUUGUCCAAGUUAAACAACAAAGAAAACAAUUUGAACAACAAGUUUUAAAAUCCGUUAUAAGACCAACCAAUUUGAUUCCAUCGCCAAUUAUUUUAAAUAAAAGUACGGAUAAAGUACGAAGGCCAACGUCUACUCGAACAUUGUUAAAUUUCAACCACAAUAAUGAAGAAAAAAAUAUCGAUAAACCUUCGAUUCUUUCUAAAACGACGAAAAAUAAUUAUCAAACGAUCGCCAGCAUAGAUGAUAUUUCGGAUUCUAAUGAAGAAGCUGUGAAUAAUUUUUUAUUACCAAAAGAUAAUUUAUCGUCUGAAGAAAGUCAUUCUAUUAAUUUUAAGGCUAACACAUCUGAAGAGAUAGAAUCCGAAAAUAAAUCUAUUGAAUCUAAAACAAUUGAAAUGGAAGAAAUAUCGGUGGAAAAUGCAAAUAUAGAUCAUAACGGUAACAAGGCAACUUAUUUUGUGGUUCAACGAAGAGUGGAAGAAGCUAUCAAGAAUAAGAAAAUUUUUUUAAUACGUGGCGAUAUUCCAUAUUUGGAAAAUACAUUGAAGAAAAGAGGUUGGAUAAAAAAAUACGAGUCUAGAAAAUCGAGACACCUGCCUUAUGGUAGUUCAGCUAUCACGGAUCCACCGUCAAUUGGUAAUAUUCAUCUUCCAGAUGGAUCCUUGAACGAAGAUUAUGUUAUCUUCAGUGUGUUGAAACAUAUCUCGCCAGAUUUUAUAUGGGAUUGUCGAAAUGAUUUUGUCGAAUGGACGGGUCAUAUCAAACCUGAUACUUUGUUGAAUAGAUUUGAAAAAUCAUUUAUAUACACGUCGAAGCUUGGAAUGGCAACAAUUUUGGAAAACGUUCAUUGGUAUAUCGAAGAUGACGUUGCAAGUGUACAAUAUCCAAGAAGUUACAACGUUGCACGCGACAAAACUGCAUUUACUGAUGAUUAUCGACAAACUGCAGCAGUGAGCUUUUUAAAAUGGUUCAUCGAUCAAAUCGAACAAGGUGUUCAUUUAUCUAAUAAAGGCUCGUCGCCUAUUUCUCCGAAACAAAUCGAAUUUGCGAUAAAACGAUGCGAGGAAUUUAUUGCCAUGAAAAACGACGAAUAUUUGGACACACCAGAAGUCCUCAUUUCUUCGAUAGAAUGGGAUAAAUUUAUCGACGAUUACAUUAUGGCUGUUCAUCAUGGCAAUGGAAUUAUAGAUGAAGAAUCGGAACAAAUCGACAGUGAACGAUCGUCUUUAAUCAUUUUAUACAACUUAGCGUUGGAAACUUUAAAGAAAGUAAAAGAAAUCGAUCCUCAAUACGAAUUAAACGGAACCCGAAAUAUUUGGAUUCUAAAGCCAAGUAAUUAUUGUUGUGGAGUAGGAAUUGCAAUGGCUCAUAAAUUAAGUUACAUUAUUAAGAGAGUACAGGAUUGCGCGAGAGAUUAUUUUAUUGUACAAAAAUAUAUAGAAAAACCAUUACUGGUAAGGGAUACGAAAUUCGACGUUAGACAAUGGUACCUUGUUACCAGCAGUUAUCCUUUAACUAUAUGGAUUUACAAAGAAUCAUUUUUACGUUUUAGCUCAAGACCGUUUUCUUUUGAUAGCUAUCACGAAGCCAUACACAUUUGUAACACUGCGGUCCAGAACAAAUAUAUUAUUCCUAAAAAUUCCAUUCGUUCUCUAGACUGGGAUUGCGAGAAACUUAAUGAAUAUUUAAAAACGAUAGGCUAUACGGGAGAACCAUGGUACGAAAAAAUCUAUCCAAAAAUAUGUCAAGCUAUAAUUGCUACUAUGUUAGCAGCCCAAGAACAUAUGGAUAAAAGAAGAUACAGCUUUGAAUUAUAUGGAGCAGAUUUUGUAAUAAUGAAUGAUCUGUCGGUUUGGUUGAUAGAGAUUAAUACAAAUCCUCGUAUGCAUCCACCUGGAACUAGAAUCACUCAAAGAUUAUACCCUAAUGUAUUAGAGAGUCUUAUAAAAGUCAUAAUGGAUUAUCCAUUCAAUCCAAACGCGGAUACAGGAGAUUUUGUGCUGGCAUAUAAACAAAUGAUCACUGAUGUACAGCCAAACACUGGAUUAUGUCUGACUACUGUGGGUAAAUCUAUUCUACCAAAAUCCAAAAGUUUACAACAUACGAAUUGGCAAUAUCUGUGAAUUGAUUUUUUACAAAAUCUUUUAUAUAUAUAUAAUAUAUUAUAUAUAUAUAUAUAU